AUGGCGCCACUACUCUUCCAAACCCACACGGCCGCGCAAACCUUCGCGCCGAGCCCGCGCGGCAACCGCCGCCUCGCUCCCGCCGCGCCCCACGCCGUCGGAUUCCUCCGCGCCCUCUUCCCGGCCCGCCCGCCGCCGGCCAAGGCCGAGCUCCUCCGCCUCAUCGCCGACCAGGGCCGCGGCCUCGAAACCCAGUCCGACCCGUCCCGCCUCGCGGACAUCGUCUCCUGCAUAGACGCCCUCGCUGCCUCCGCCCCGGACGCCGACACCGUAUCGGACGCCGCCAAGCUCUCCGGCACCUGGCGCCUCCUCUGGACGACCGAGCAGGAGCAGCUCUUCAUCGUGCGCAACGCCCCCACCUUCCGCACCGCCGCCGGCGACGUGCUCCAGGUCAUCGACGUUCCAGGUGGGAGCCUCAACAACGUCAUCACCUUCCCGCCCUCUGGCGCGUUCGUCGUGAACGGGAGCAUCGAGAUCCAACCACCCCAGCGAGUAAAUUUUCGGUUUACACGUGCUAUGCUGAAGGGGGGCAAUUGGGAGGUUCCCUUCCCGCCAUUUGGGAAAGGAUGGUUUGAUACUAUCUAUUUGGACGAUGAGAUCCGUGUAGCGAAGGACAUAAGGGGGGACUAUUUAGUUGUCGAGCGUGCUCCAUAUUCUUGGAAUGGAUAG